CCCCAGAAGCCGCUCCCAGACGCGGAUGACCCCACGAGCGACAGCGUGCGGAGCAUCAGCGUCAACACGCUCCUCCUCCUCAGCACCACCGUCGAUCGGAUGAACAACGUGCUGUGGCCGUACCUGCUGGAGUUCAUCACCCCCGUGCAGUUCACCAACGCUCUGACUCCCAUCUGCAAGAGCCUCAUGCAUUUAUCCGUGAAGAAACGAGAGGAGGGAGGGAACGCAUCCCUGAUCCCAUAUGACCUCAACGGAAAUCUUCCUUCGCCCCACGCCCUAACGACGCGGUUGCUGGUGGUGUCCUCCCGGCCGUACACCGGGGACGGUCGGGGUGCAGCAGCCCUGCGGCUCCUGCAGGCGUUGUGCUGCAGCGUUCACCCUGCCCUGGAGCAGCUCUGGAGCAAAAGGGUUCCUGUGCUGGUGGAGCGCAUCGAGGAGAACACUGAUAAGUCGCUGCACCUGGAGGAGUGGGAGGAGGAGCUGCUGCUGCUCCUCCAGGAAACGCUGGCAGCCGUUUCGGACAACGGUUGGAUCUGCCACUUCGUGACAGAGAUGUGCCGGCAGCUGAACGGCUACAACGGAUUCCCCACCGAGAAGAACUUUCUGUACAAAUGCAUCGGGACGACGCUCGGGGCGUGCGUCAGCAAGGAGUUGGUCCAGAAACAGUUGCAGGAGCUGCUGGAAACGGCCCGGUACAACGAGGAGGCAGAGUGGGAG